AUCGAUACUUUUGUACCUCUCGUUUCGUUGGACCGGACCUCCACUUCAAACUUCAACGAAUUUUUUGAAGCAAUUUUGUGUAUGUCUUUUCGGCAUAGUGGUUUGUGUUAAUUGUUUUUAUUAAUAGCAAAAAGUAUUGAAAGUUAACAUUAAUCCUAUGUUCCAAAAUGUUUAAAACCAAGUCAGAGGUUGAUCGCCAUGUCAACAGUUGCUUAAAAAAGAUUAAUAAUGAGACUGAGAGAAACUUAAGAUGUUUCUCAUUCGCCAAACUGUACUUUAACGUUGGCGAUUAUGACCAAGCUUACAGAUACAUCUCCUCUUACCUAACUGUCAAACCAAAAUCUGCAGAGGGAUAUCAAUUAUUAGGAAAAUCGCUAGAGAAGUUAGGGAAAGUAGAUGCAGCCUUAGAUGCAUUCAAGCAUAGUCUGCAGAUUGAUCCAAAACAAAAUAAUUUAGUAAUAAAAGUCUGUGAGUUAAUGUCAUGUGACAACGUGGAACUGGACCUAUCAGGAGCGAGAUACUUCUGUGAUCUAGCUCAAUCAUUUGAUCCAAACAAUUCAGCUGUACGUAGUUUAAGAGAAAGGUUGAUAACAACAAAAGAUAGUCCAUAUGAAAUUUCGCAACUACUACUAAAAGAACUAGAAGUCCGACCGACUGAUAUUAAACUUAGAAUCAAAUUGAUUAAACACUUCCUUCAGAACAACAUGAUUAAAGAAGCUUAUAAACAUGCAUCAGCUAUCGAAGAAAAAGACAUUCCUAGUUUUUAUAACAAUAUAAACUGGUACGAAAAUUUUGCUGAGGUCCUGUUAAGGUUCCAGAAAGAUGUAUCGUUGGAUUCAGAAAUUAACUGGGACUUUUGGUUCCUUUCGGUAUCAGUUUUAGAACGACUAGUUGCUCUAAGUAUAGAUGAUCGAUACAACAUCAGUAGUUCUGUUGAUUGUGUUACAGCUACCUUUAAUCUGGACCAGAUGUUGUAUAAAGCAUCGCAAAAUAUCUCCAGCUGCCCAGAUCGGAACUUGGUAUCGAUUUUUUUGCGCCACUAUCAAAUGCAGUUGUAUUUCCAUUACUCGACACUGUUAUUAAAGCAAGGGAGAAAAGAUUUAAUACCUUUUAAGGAAGCAUCCAAUCUCGCGUUACCUACUCUCUUCACUGCUUAUCACUCAACUCCCAUAGACUUACAAAGUACCUGGUUUUUACAAUCGUCUGAACAAAACAAGAAAAUGGUACAAAAAUGGUAUAGAGACUCGUGCUAUAGGUUCUCCCAAACUGGUCACGUUCUCUUAGCAAUGGCUAAAGAUAAAAAAUCGAUAGUACUCGAAAAAGCAGCACAGUAUUCUUCAGGAAUGUGGCGAGAACAGUUGUUCAAGAAACUUUUUGUUAAAAGAGAGCACCAUCUCAAAAUAUCAUCCAGCUUCUUUGUUAAUAACGUCCCACCAGUUGACCCGACCAUCAAACUACCAGAUGCAACAGAUUUGAGCAAAUUUGACGAGAUUUCUCAACUGUCUUACCCAAAUUCAUUACACCAUUACAUCUGGAUAAUGCUUAAUGGUAGUAUGGCAGAUGUGAACAUUGUUACAUUCGAAGGUUUACAAUAUUCAACCAAAAAUUUAACUAGCUGUUCUGCCGAGUCAAUAAAUCUUCUCGAUAUUUUUUCAUUUAUUUGCUGUGCUACGAUGUGUGCCAGUUCCAAUUUGAAUGACAAUAAACUGUCAUAUUAUGUCACUUUGCCAGCGUCGAUAACAGCAAAUUUAGGGACAAUUCAACAAGCGAAUUUCAUCGAAUCUGCUUAUAAGAUGUACAAAAACGAAGCCUGUUCUCAAUUAGGAGAUAUAAGAGCGUUAUUGAUCAAAGGUAUCGAAGUGGUGAGGUGUAUAGGCCACCAUGGUUUAGAUAUUAAGAUUUUAGUACAACUGGCAAAUAUAUUUGAAGAACGGUCCAAAAAAUUGACCAAACAAUCUGAAAUCGACUUUAACAUUGCCCGAGCUGAAUUGUACUGGAAGACUGCUUUGCCUCUUUUAGAAAAAGUAAAGAAUGAUCAAAAGAUCGCCUACACCAACAAUAGACUAUUCCAGCUGAAAUCAAACGAAGUGACACCAUGUGAAGCAAAAGAUUUUAUCGAAAAGGGUCUAUUGUUCAUAGGUACGCAGUUAAUGAAGAAAAAAGACCACGAUCAAGCACUGGCUAUAUUUGAACAGUUAAAAGAUCCCUACGCAAGUUAUCACCAGUUUGAAAUUUAUAAGCAAAUUGCAGACAAAAAAAUUAACGGUAACAAAAUUGAAGGUAUUGGCAGUGAAAAGAAACGUGAAGUUACUUUGUUCCUAACCAAAGCUAGAGAUUGUUUGUAUCUUACGUUAGAUCGUUUGAGGGGCUCUACAGUCGACCCUAAACAUCCAAUAAACUCAAAAAUCGGUACCGAACUAGAACAAGUAGACAGACUUUUGUUAGAUAUGGAAUCGGAUGAUCUAUUUUCAGAUGUCAACCGUUCUCUGGAAAUGAGCACCAGCGAGCAAUACCUAUCAAGCUUGACGCAUGUCAGUCAUAGUGCUUACACGCCCAAACUGGGCACCAGUUUGCUAAACCAGUCUACUCCGAUGAAACAGAGCAUGUUACGCCAAGAGGCCAGACCGAGUCCAGAAAGAAUGGAUGCUCAGAUUCGAGAGUUGAUGUCCAUGAAAGAUUCGAUCUUUACGCUUGUUGCUGAGCAAAAUAGAAAUAUCGCUGAGGUGCAAAAGAGUCUAGUCGACAAGUUGAAUUCGGUUGUUGAUGAACUGAGAUCGAUCAAAAAGGAAGUGGAGACAUUGAAAGAUGUUACUAAGUCGGUUAAUGAUAUUAAGAACUCCAUAGAUGAUUUUCAAAACGUGACGGAUGCUAUACAGGAAAUGAAAAAAGAACUGAUAGACUUUAAGAAAAGUGAUACCAAAAAUCAACUCAGCGACGAAGAUUUGUAUAUACUUGAUCCAGACUACGGCGUGGACUACAACAUCGGUUCUACAGCUAGUACGUUUCCGACUGCAGUACCAGGAACUUACCCGAACUUCCCAGCUGGCAGGAUUCCAAAUCCCAGCCACGUGGCAGCUGCCUAUGGUCCUCCUGUGCUCUAUCCCGGUCUCUACCCGGGACUACCUUAUGGCUACGGUGGACUCAAUUUACAGCCAGGUACCCUUCCAUUUAUGCAAGACCAACAAGCCCCGAACAUAUCAACAUCUGUAGCGUCUCAUCUGCUCACAGGCCAGCCCGCUUUAAGCCAAAACUUAGGUUUAGAAGCUCUAAGCGGUCAGAUAUUGACCCAAACUGCACCGCCUCCAUUCAUGAGAGAACUACCUAAAGAUUUAAGCGGUACUACCACUCACACACCUAAAAUUACUCCAGCACCGUCGAUCUUUGGAAAAGCUCCGCCUGUGAACGUGGUUAUAACCACUUCAGACCCUCUACCUGCACAAAACACCCUAACUAACCAGCCAGUGCUGUCUGUGACGAUUCCUCCACAACAUAUCAAAGGUAACUUCUUGAAACCCGACGCUACAGCUAACCCACCCGAAUUGGAACCACCUACUUUUAGUUUGACACCAAAACUGAGCAUUUCUGGACUGAAUAAAACGUUGAACGAAAGUAACGCAAGUAAUGCUUCAGCGACUGAAGAUUUUGAACCAAAUGUGAAUUUCAAACCUCUGAUUCCUCUACCCGAUGAAGUUCCUGUAAAAACUGGCGAAGAAGGCGAAACUGAGCUCUUCUGCGCACGCGCGGAGUUAUUCCGACAUUCAGUCAUCGGUGACGUAAAGGAGUGGAAGCAAAGAGGCAUCGGUAACAUCAAAAUCGUCAAAAAUCCCAUAACAAAUAAAUACAGAGUCGUCAUGAGAAGAGACCAAGUCCUUAAAAUAUGCGCCAAUCACUACAUCACCGCCGAUAUGGUCCUCAAGGAGAUCCCCACCAAUAACAGAUCCCUCAUGUGGGCAGCCCAAGAUUUCUCUGAAGGAGAGAUCGCGAAAGAAACCUUCUUGGUUAAGUUUAAACUUGCUGAGGACGCCAAGAAGUUUUCUGAAGUCUUCGAAGCUGCUAAAAAGUCUUCGAAGUCUACAAAAGUAGAAACUAUCGAUCUUACCAAGAAAGAAACUCCAAAGAGUGCAUCAAGUACUACGUCUUUGGGAGGUUUUGUUUUUACUGGCACUCCAACGUUCUUGCCCAAGGAUGUUGUUACAGCAACACCAGUUGCAGAAGUUAAAGAAGCGAGCAAACCAGUGACACCUUUCUCCACGUUCGUCUUCGGAAAAACUGAAGCCAAGGCAGAACCCAUUAAGUUUACUCCCUUGGUAAUUACCCAAGAAAAGGAAAAGGACGACAGAUCGUCCCCAGUGGAAGAAUUUGUACCUACUGCUGAAUUCAAACCUCUAAUACCUCUACCAGAACUCGUAGAGAUCAAAACCGGUGAAGAAAACUGUGAGAUUUUAUUUGAAGAGAGGGCCAAAUUGUUCAGGUUGGACACAAGUGGAGAAACUAAAGAGUGGAAGGAAAGAGGUGUUGGUGUAAUGAAAAUAUUGAAAGACGAAUCCGUCAGACUUUUGAUGAGAAGGGAUCAAGUCCACAAAGUUUGCUGCAAUCACAGAAUCCUCAAAGAUAUGAUCUUCAAAAUGAACUCGAAGAAUCCCAAAGCGAUCAUUUGGAGCGCCCAAGAUUUUUCUGAGGGUGAACUGCAAAAAGAAAUGUUUACUAUACGUUUCAAGACUGCCGAGAUCGCUAGUAAGUUUUUGGAAACGAUACAAAAGGAGCAGAGCAAUCUCAACGAAAGUGGGAACUUUUCUGUGAAAGAAAAUGUGAAUGUUGCUAAAAAUCAAGCAGCACCAGCUCUGGGCGCUUUAAAGGUCGAACCUGUCGGCUUCGGUGACAAAUUCAAGGCAAAAGCAGGUUCCUGGGAAUGCAACACUUGUAUGAUUAGAAACGACGCUAGUGCCUCUGCUUGCGUAGCUUGUAACACGUCCAGGACUCCUGCAACAGGUCAGAACGUCGAAGAGAAGAAGACUGUCACGUUUAACUUCCUCACGAACGCACAACCUGCCACGAAAACGACACCAGUAAUGGGAUUCGGUGACAAGUUCAAGCCUAAGCCUGGAUCCUGGGAGUGCAAAACUUGUAUGAUCAAAAAUGAAGGGAAGGACUCUAAAUGUGUAGCAUGCGAGACUCCUAGAGAAGGUGGAUUGAAGCAGAACAUUAAACCAGACGUCAAAACAGCCGUCCCUGAGCAGAAGUUCGUCUUCGGCAUUCCAAAUACCGCCCCCAUCAACUUAAGCGGCCAAAACAAGCCCUCCAUCAUUCCUGAUAUAAACGCAGCUGCAAGCACGCCAAACACGCCGGAACAAAAGUGGACUUUCGGCAUUAGCAAGACCACACCGACGCCUAUAACGUUUGGUAAAGACGCCACACCAACUACCCCCAUAACGUUCGGGAAAGAUGCCACCCCAGCUACCCCUAUUACGUUUGGUAAAGACGCCGCCCCAGCUGCCGGCGCUAACAAGUCUACUCCAGCGACGGCGAACCAGAAUAGUUUUUCUUUCAUUUCGCCCACAAAGCAAGAAUUUGAGUUCAAGCAGAGACCUCCGAGGAGGGUCAGCCAGGGACAUGAUGCAGAAUCAGAUGCGGAUGGUAGUUACGUAGAAGAAGAAGAAGAUAACAUUUACUUCAAGCCUGUAGUUCCUUUACCGGAGAAAGUUCAAGUGAAAACCGGUGAAGAAGACGAAGACGUCUUGUACUCUCAUAGGGCCAAACUGUUCCGAUACAUUGGAGGCGAGUGGAAAGAAAGAGGUCUUGGAGAUAUCAAGAUACUUCGUAAUAGAUUUUUUGGAAAAUUGAGGGUUGUAAUGCGCAGAGAACAAGUGUUCAAAAUAUGUCUGAAUCAUACCCUCACGAAAGACAUAGAAUACCUUGACAAAGAUGAAAAAUCUAUUAUGUUUGCGGCUGCCGACUUUUCCGAAGGCGAAAUAGUCAAUGAGAAAUUCUGUGUGAGAUUCAAGAACGCUGAAAUUGCUGCAGACUUCAAGAAGGCCAUUCGUGAUGCAUUGGAUGGAAAACCUACCGAAGAUGAACUUACUUCAAAGAAGACUGAAGAAGAUGUGGUUGUAAUAUCCGAGACCCAAGUCACACCGGAAGAGGAACAAGAAGCGAUAAAACUAGGACUUCCGCCCAAGUUCAUGUCUUAUAAACAAUUACCAGACUGUAAGUGCGAACAAUGCAAAAAGGACGACGAGUAUUUGAAGGCUCUUUUCGCUACAGAAGCUCCAAAGAAAAUCGAUAGCUCAGCCACUCCGUCUAGCAAAUUUUCCUCCUACACUACUCCCAAACUAAGACAGCCUAAGGCUAUGACAAAAGAGGCUUCUCCUUCUCCGAAUAAGUCUGGUUCACUUAUCAAACCAGCUAUUCUAACUCCUCCCAGUACUAAUCAAACAUUAUCUAACGUGUCUUUGCCUGCAACAUCAAGUACUAACAUAUUUUCUUCAUCAAACAACUCAUUCAAUACUGGUGGUCUAUUUUCGAGUACCAAUUUAUUCGGAGGUGAAACUCCAAAUAAGGAAAAUACCACUGUGUUUAAUAAGAAUAUUGCAACUGAUGUUAAAACUACUCCUGUGUCUAGCUCAGCAUUUUCUUCUGGCUCUAGUAUAUUCAGCUUCGAUUCUCAACAACCAUUCAAACCUUUUGGUUCUAACGUUUCCAACAUUUUUGGACAAACCACGCCAUCGACUACCAGUUCGUCUGUAUUUAGUCAAACCCCAACCACCACAUCAAACAUUUUCGCACAAAAUACCCCAACUACGAAUUUUUUUGGACAAAAUACUCCAACCACAAAUCUCUUUGGACAAAACACUCCCACUGCGACUCCUUUGGGUCAAGCUACUCCAACGACUGUUUUUGGUACAGUUUCAACCAAUACAACUUCCAGUAUCUUUGGCCAGAACACAUUAACCAAUACAACUUCGAAUCUGUUCUCACAAAACACCCCUACUACCACCGUCAAUAUCUUCGGACCGAAAAAUCCGCCACAAACCACCUCGAUGCUGUUUGGACAAAGUACACCAACCACAUCUACCAAUAUCUUCGGGGCAAAUGCUGCGUCAAACGUUUUUGGACAAACGUCAACUUCUGGGUCUAUUUUCGGCAACAAGACCUUUAAUGUGGCUGAAGAUAAAAGCCAAACUGCAGGUUUUCUGUUUGGCAAUGGAGCUACGCCUGCUGUUUCUACCAGUAACGUCGCCCCUAAAGUUCCUUCUACCACGGGCUUGAAAGAGACUGAUGAAGUUGUAUUAAAAUGCAAUUCUGACUUAUCGUUCGGAUCGUUGGCCAAAACGUCGUUAAAUGCAGAACCGCAGUUUAAAAAAGAUGAAUCAUUUUCGUUCCUUGGUACCGGAGCGCCAGUAUUUAAAAACGUCAAGAAAGCUGCCGACACCUCUAAAGGCGAAUCUGACGACGAAAAUAACACCUCGAACGCCAACGAAGAGUAUGAUCCUCACUACGAACCAAUCAUACCUCUUCCAGAAGCCGUUACAGUAACCACGGGAGAAGAAAACGAAGCCGUCGUGUUCAACGAGAGAGCCAAACUCUUUAGAUUCGACGCAGAUACCAAAGAAUGGAAAGAAAGAGGAGUCGGGCAGCUGAAGGUUCUUUGGCACCAAGAGAAAAAUACCUACCGGCUGGUGUUGAGACGCGAACAAGUACUCAAAGUAGUCCUCAACCAGCUCAUAACCCCCAAUUUCGAGCUCCAACCGAUGGCUACCAGCGACAAAGCAUGGAUUUGGGCCGGGUAUAACUACACCGAGGAUGAACAUUGCUUCGAAAAAUUGGCUGUACGAUUUAGAACUCAAGAAACGGCCGCUAAAUUCAGCGAUGCCAUCAGAGACGUUUUGUACAGUAUAGCCAAUUCGCCGAACAAAAGUGGGGAUCUUCCCGUCACUGUAGAAGAUUUCGGCAAUGAUAGAAGUCGGGAUAGCGAGACCCAAGAGGAUCCUUUGGAUCCAGAUAACGAGGAAAAUGAUGAUGAGUAUAAGUACGAUGAUGAUGAUGAAUACGUUGAGGAUGAAGAAUAUGAGAGGACUAUGUUCAGUAAGGAGUGUACUUUAAGCGAACUAGGCCCCGACAAUCAAUGGAAACCUGUUGGGACCGGAUACAUACAGAUAUUCUACGACCCUAAUAUAUUCGCUGCUAGAAUUAUCUUUAAUGAUGAGAAUGAAGCCAAUUUGAGUAGCACUAUGAUAGGAACAAAUUCCAAAUUGGAGGUAGAAAAUAAUGAAUGUACUUGGACGGCUGUUGAGUGGGCAGGAGGUGUUGGAGACAGUUGGAGGACUUUGAAGGCAACUUUCGACAGCGAGGCAUCCGCUGCAGAAUUUCAAUUGACCUAUGAAGAAGGAUACUCGUUUGCAGUCGACGUAAGUUUUGUAGACAAAAUUCCAGAAGAUUAAAGUUUCGUUUAAUGUAUUUACAGAUGUUUAUGUGUAUUUUUUUUUAACUAUUAAAAAUUAGAUUUUAGAA